AUGGGCAAGCAACGUCAACUAAAAAUUCCAAAUCUUAUUCGUAAACAAGGGGUGUCGGUUUCUGAUGAUUGUGUGGAGAUCCAGCAGAGAAUCAAAACGUUGAAUGAAAAGCUAUGCGGACUGCAGACUCAGUUGUUUCAAAUUAAAAGAAACUCCUAUAAGCGGACCAUUUUUCCAUCAAAAAGUAUAUCGGCUAAUGAAGUAUUUAGUAAACCGGAGAACAUAGUCUUGAGUAAUUCAGUAGCAGUUAUGAACCGCAAAUUAGAACUUUUGACUGUAUUAACUGGGCUCGAAGUUCAGUCGUAUUCCAAAAAUGACCACUGCUGCAUUGUGUUUCACAUGCAACAUGACUCUAAUAAUGUAGUCAAGCAUGGAUUAAGAAUAGAAAUGAAAUCAGGGGGCAAUGAGGUCACCGAAAGCUCCUUGCCUGUAGGAUUUAAUUUAAAUGAGAUAAUUGAUGACUAUGAUAGUAUUUUGAAACCUGAGUACCUCUUAUCUGUACAUAAAGCCCUCAUAGCCUACUAUGAUAGAUUGCAGCAGUAUGAAUCAUUAGAGAGGCUUAUCUCAAUAAAUGGGACAUUAUUCAAGGCACUGGAUGGGUCACAUAUAGAAGUAACAUUCUACAUGCACGGUGAUGAUGACAAUAGAGAUAUAAAAGUUGUUCUGAUUCUUCAUUAUAGAGUUAAUGAUAUACGCCCUAAGACUUAUGUUAUUAAAACAGAUCUUCCUGAAGAAUUAUUAGAGACUUUGCAACAACACUGUUUGUUGUUCAGAAAGAAGCCUCUUAAAAAUGCCUUCAGACAUAUAUUUAUGGAUGAUGGACCAUGGAAACUUGUGAACCAGAUGGCAAUACAUAAGGAACAUACUGCUACAAGACCAAAAAGAUUUCGACCAAACAGGAAUCCUAAUAAUGACGACACCUUUCGACCAGAAGAGUGCUCUGAUCAAGGAGAAGAUGAAGAAUAUGUGGAAUAA